AGUGAGCCGGGGACUCCAACCCUGCGCAGUCCAAGUCUCCGCCCCCGACCAUCUUCUUCCCCAUCGCGGGCGUGCAUUUCUCGGUUUCCUCCUCCACCCCGCGUGUUCCUUCUUCGCUAAGGAUAAUCCUACACCCUGAGCUCCGGAACCCAACCACCAAUUUGUCCAUUUCCCGUAGCCUCACCAAUUGCAGCUUGUCGGGUUCCUCCGCGCCGCGCGUGCCUUCAGUAAUUAGCCCCCAAUUCCGCUCGGCCCCUCUUCCUUCGCCGCACAGAUUGCCCAGAUCAGGUUCUUGGCAGAUCAAAUCCAGGCAUCGCUCGGCGGAGACCGAGGCAUUCGGCUCGCGGCGGCGAUGGAGUUCGUGGCGUCCAUCGUGGACACGGCGUUCCGGCCGCUCAAGGACUACUUCGCGCGGACGUUCGGCUACGUCAUGUCCUGCGGCGACUACAUCGACGCGCUGGGCCACGAGAUGGACGAGCUCAAGAGCAAGCGCGACGACGUCAAGCGCAUGGUGGACACCGCGGAGCGCCAGGGGCUGGAGGCCACCAGCCAGGUCAAGUGGUGGCUCGAGUGCGUCUCCAGGCUCGAGGACGCCGCCGCCCGGAUCCACGCCGAGUACCAGGCGCGCCUGCAGCUCCCGCCCGACCAGGCGCCCGGCCUCAGGGCCACCUACCGCCUCAGCCAGCAGGCGGACGAGACGUUCUCCGAGGCCGCCGGCCUCAAGGACAAGGCCGACUUCCACAAGGUCGCCGACGAGCUCGUGCAGGUCCGCUUCGAGGAGAUGCCCAGCGCGCCGGUCGUUGGCAUGGACGCGCUGCUCCAGGAGCUCCACGCCUGCGUCCGGGGCGGCGACGUCGGCGUCGUCGGCAUCUAUGGCAUGGCCGGGAUCGGCAAGACCGCGCUGCUCAACAAGUUCAACAACGAGUUCCUCAUCGGCUUGCAGGACAUCAACGUUGUCAUCUACAUCGAAGUUGGCAAGGAGUUCAGCCUCGACGACAUCCAGAAGAUCAUCGGCGACCGGCUCGGUUUGAGCUGGGAGAACAGGACGCCCAAGGAGCGCGCUGGGGUGCUCUACAGGGUGCUCACCAAGAUGAACUUUGUGUUGCUGUUGGACGACCUCUGGGAGCCACUCAACUUCCGGAUGCUCGGCAUUCCAGUUCCCAAGCACAACUCCAAGAGCAAGAUCAUCGUGGCGACGAGGAUCGAGGACGUGUGCGACCGAAUGGAUGUCCGACGCAAGCUCAAGAUGGAGUGCCUGGAACCGCAACCCGCCUGGGACCUCUUCUGUGAGAAGGUCGGCGAACACCUCGUGCGUGCCGGCCCAGAGAUCCAGCACCCGGCGCUUGGACUAGCCAUGAAAUGUGGUGGGCUGCCCCUCGCGCUCAUCACCGUCGGACGGGCGAUGGCCAGCAAGCACACUGCAAAAGAAUGGAAGCACGCCAUCACUGUUCUAAAUAUUGCCCCGUGGCAGCUUCUUGGCAUGGAGAUGGACGUUCUUAUGCCUCUCAAGAACAGCUAUGACAACUUGCCCAGUGACAAGCUAAGGCUCUGCCUGCUGUAUUGCUCGCUGUUUCCACAGGACUUCUUCAUUUCCAAGGAUUGGAUCAUAGGCUACUGCAUCGGCGAAGGUUUCAUAGAUGAUCUGUACACUGAGAUGGAUGAGAUAUAUAACAAAGGGCAUGACCUUCUGGGUGAUCUCAAGAUUGCAUCUUUGCUGGAAAGAGGUAAAGACGAGGAACACAUCACUAUGCAUCCCAUGGUCCGCGCGAUGGCUCUGUGGAUAGCAUCAGAAUUCGGCACAAAAGAGACCAAAUGGCUUGUCCGUGCUGGAGCUGGGCUGAAGGAAGCACCAGGUGCAGAGAAAUGGAGCGAGGCCGAGCGGAUUUGUUUCAUGAAGAACAACAUCCUUGAGCUGUAUGAGAGACCUAAUUGCCCUCUCUUGAAGACCUUGAUCCUACAAGGCAACCCAUGGUUGCAGAAGAUAUGUGACGGCUUCUUCCAGUUCAUGCCAUCUCUCAGGGUAUUAGAUCUCUCGCACACGUAUAUCAGUGAAUUACCCUCAGGAAUCAGUGCAUUGGUUGAGUUGCAGUACCUUGAUUUGUACCACACAAACAUCAAAUCACUGCCAAGGGAGCUAGGAUCACUGGUCACUCUGCGGUUCCUGCUCCUCUCACAUAUGCCACUUGAAAUGAUCCCAGGUGGUCUCAUAGAUAGCCUCAAAAUGCUGCAAGUUCUGUACAUGGACCUCAGUUAUGGAGACUGGAAAGUCGGUGAGAACGGAAAUGGUGUUGAUUUUCAGGAGCUGGAGAGCCUACGCAGGCUCAAGGCAAUCGACAUCACAAUACAGUCGGUCGAGGCACUAGAGAGAUUGGCACGGUCAUAUCGCCUCGCCGGUUCAACAAGGAAUCUGCUGAUCAAAGCAUGUGCUAGCCUGACAAAGAUAGAGUUCUCUUCAAGCCACCUCUGGAAGAACAUGACAAACCUGAAGAGAGUGUGGAUCGCAAGCUGCAGCAAUCUAGCGGAGGUGAUCAUUGACGGUAGCGAAGAAACUGAUUGCGGCAUUUUACAGCCCUAUGAUUUUAUGAGGAUGGGUGAGGUUAUUGUGUGUGAAGAUCCCGUCCAUUAUAACCUGCAGGGUAUCAUCCUGCAGAGCCUUCUCAAGGUAAAGAUCAUAUACAGAGGUGGGUGCGUCGAGAAUCUGUCGUCAUUGUUCAUCUGGUACUGCCAAGGACUGGAGGAGCUGAUCACACUCGGCCACCGAGAUCAAGAAGCGGCGGCAGACGAAGACGAACAAGCUGCAGGGACUUGCAAAGUGAUCACGCCCUUCCCUAAACUUAAGGAACUGUAUCUCCAUGGCCUACCAAGGCUCGGGGCGCUGAGCGGCAGCGCAUGCAUGCUGCGGUUCCCGUCAUUGAAGAGCCUCAAGAUCGUCGAUUGUCUAAGCCUCAAGAAGCUCAAACUCGCUGCCGCGGAACUGAAGGAGAUAAAAUGCGCGAGGGACUGGUGGGAUGGGUUGGAGUGGGAUGAUGAUGAGGUCAAAGCAUCUUACGAGCCACUGAUCCGUGGAGUUGAGUGAACUCAGUUUUGGUGUAUUAUGUUGGUCCAAAAUUUCAGAGAUACAUUUCCCCUCACUUAUGCCAGGCUUUGCGUCUGAUAUUCGAUGGGCUUUUCUCUGUUGGUUUCGAAGAAAAUAAAAACAGGUUUACUCCACCCCUUUUUUACUUUCCAAAAAGAUGCUUGGUAUUGAUCAGUCACUGAAUUCAGGGAUUUAUAUGCACUUCUGUCAUCAUUCUAGUUUGAGAUUAUGCUUUUGUGUGUGUGUGUGUGGACUGGAUAAUGCACAUUUGAUGAAUGGAUCGUAGCAGUUACCAGCGGGUGUUUGUAUGAA